UAAAAACGAUUUUCUGAUGACCUGACAGGAGUGACUAUAUCUAGUCAAAGAAUGAAGGGGGUGAAUUUAAUCUUUCAUGCCACUGGAAUGGCAGCUGCUCCCAGCUGCCUGAGUCUGUGAAGGAUGGUGAAGACGGAGCUGGCUUUCAGUGUGGAGAGAAUUUUCCCUUUGAAUAUUCCAAACGGGAGCGUUGCACAUGUGCCUCAAGAACUAAUUGUCUAGGUUCCGUCAGGAAUGCAGCAGGAGAGGAGCGUAUUUCAUGCUUAAGACCAGAGAGGAGCCACGCAAUACUCAGUGGAUAAAAGGCUUGCAGUCCCAGCUGGGAAAAAGAGUCCCAUUAUCUCCCAGCUGCAUAGACAUUCCAUACGGCUUGGUUCUGCCUGGGUGCACAGCAUGCCUGGCUGAGGACUCCAGACAGAGUUCUGCAGGAAAAUUGUAAAGAUCCCGAGACAUUUCCCUGGUAAGAUCCGUGAGUACAGAAUUGCGCUGUCUGCUGCAAUGAGAAUUUUACUGGGCAAGCUGCAGUUUUUCUCGCUUUCAGUCUCUUUGUAUUAUUAAAACAGGUAAUGAGAUUUAAUUAGGAACAUAAUUAAAUACCAUUGACAAUUUGACUCAACCAACAUAUCCUGAGGACAUCAUCUUUGGAGCCAAUAAACUAAUUCUGCAUCUUAUGUACAAAGGUGAUAUUUGAAUAGAUUGCUAACAUACUGAAUAGAAGAUACAGUCCUCUUUCCUGCUGAUUGCAUGGGAGAAAAUUUUGACCUUAGAACGUGGAGAUGAGGUUGCUAUGGAAACUGGUAAUUCUGCUGCCACUCAUAAACUCUUGUGCAGGUGAGGGUCGUUUCAGCCGUCCUAUUUUUAUCCAGGAGCCACAAGAUGUCAUCUUUCCUUUGGAUUUAUCUAGAUCUGAAAUUAUUCUGACAUGUACUGCAAAUGGAUACCCUUCCCCGCAUUACAGGUGGAAACAGAAUGGCACAGACAUUGACUUCAGCAUGACUUAUCACUAUAGGCUGGAUGGAGGCAGUUUGGCCAUCAGCAGCCCCCGCACGGAUCAAGAUAUCGGCACCUACCAGUGUCUGGCCACCAAUCCUGUGGGCACCAUUCUGAGUAGAAAAGCCAAACUACAGUUUGCAUAUAUCGAAGACUUUGAAACCAAAACCAGAAGCACAGUGUCCGUCCGAGAAGGUCAAGGUGUGGUGCUCCUCUGUGGCCCACCACCACAUUUUGGAGAUUUAUCAUAUGCCUGGACCUUCAAUGAUAAUCCCCUGUAUGUUCAAGAGGACACGAGGCGAUUUGUAUCUCAAGACACAGGGAACUUGUACAUCGCCAAAGUAGAGCCAUCCGAUGUGGGUAAUUACACUUGCUUCGUCACAAACAAUGAGGCUCACAGAAGUGUCCAAGGACCGCCCACACCUUUAGUGCAGCGCACUGAUGGUGUCAUGGGGGAAUAUGAGCCAAAGAUUGAAGUGCGUUUUCCAGAAACAAUACAAGCUGCAAAGGAUUCAUCUGUAAAACUGGAAUGCUUUGCCCUUGGAAAUCCAGUCCCUGACAUUAGCUGGAGAAGGUUGGAUGGAAGCCCGAUGCCAGGGAAAGUCAAAUACAGCAAAUCCCAAGCUAUCCUUGAAAUCCCAAAUUUCCAACAAGAAGAUGAAGGCUUCUAUGAGUGCAUCGCAGGUAAUCUUCGAGGAAGAAACCUUGCAAAGGGUCAACUCGUUUUCUAUGCCCCUCCAGAAUGGGAAAGGAAAAUCCAAAAUACAUACCUUUCUAUUUAUGACAGCUUGUUUUGGGAAUGCAAAGCUAGCGGAAAGCCAAAUCCUUGGUACACGUGGCUAAAGAAUGGUGAACGCCUCAACCCAGACGAGAGAAUUCAGAUUGAAAAUGGGACUUUUAUCAUCACCAUGCUGAAUGUGUCAGACUCUGGGAUCUACCAGUGUGCUGCAGAAAACAAAUAUCAGACAAUUUAUGCAAAUGCAGAAUUGAGAGUUUUAGCCUCAGCUCCAGAUUUCUCAAAAAAGCCCAUUAAAAAAAUUUCAGUUGUUCAAGUUGGUGGUGACAUUUCUAUCGAAUGCAAACCAAAUGCCUUCCCCAAAGCAUCUAUUUCCUGGAAAAGAGGGGCAGAGACCCUGAGGCAAAGUAAAAGGGUAUUCCUCUUGGAGGAUGGCAGCCUUAAGAUAUGCAAUGUGACCAGGUCUGACGCCGGGUCUUAUACAUGUGUAGCCACAAAUCAGUUUGGCAAUGGGAAAAGCAGUGGCAGUCUCAUCGUGAAAGAGAGAACUGUCAUUACAAUCCCGCCUUCUAAAAUGGAUGUGACAGUCGGUGAGAGUAUUGUUUUACCCUGCCAAGUGUCUCACGACCCCACCAUGGAAGUUGUAUUUGUUUGGUACUUUAAUGGAGAUGUCAUAGAUUUAAAGAAAGGAGUGGCUCAUUUUGAAAGAAUUGGGGGAGAAUCUGUUGGGGAUUUAAUGAUAAGGAAUAUUCAAUUAGGCCAUUCGGGAAAAUAUCUAUGCACAGUACAAACAACACUAGAACGCUUGUCUGCUGUAGCCGAUAUCAUUGUGAGAGGUCCCCCUGGUCCCCCAGAAGAUGUAAAAGUGGAGCACAUCUCAAGUACUACCUCCCAGCUCAGCUGGAGACCGGGCCCUGAUAAUAACAGCCCCAUUCAAAUUUUUACUAUUCAAACUCGGACACCCUUUUCUGUGGGUUGGCAAGCUGUUGCUACAGUCCCUGAAAUUCUCAAUGGACAGACAUAUAAUGCAACGGUAGUUGGCUUGAGUCCCUGGGUGGAAUAUGAAUUUCGUGUUGUUGCUGGGAACAACAUUGGGAUUGGAGAGCCAAGCAAACCAUCCGAAUUGCUUAGAACCAAAGCAUCAGUUCCCAUUGUGGCACCAGUAAAUAUCAAUGGAGGCGGUGGAAGCAGAUCAGAACUUGUCAUUACGUGGGAGUCCAUUCCAGAAGAACUACAGAAUGGAGAGGGGUUUGGAUAUAUCGUUAUGUUCCGGCCAGUGGGCUCAACAACCUGGAUGAAAGAAAGGGUAGCACUUGUUGAAUCGUCAAGGUUCAUCUACAGAAAUGAAAGCAUCAUGCCCCUGUCUCCCUUCGAAGUCAAGGUGGGAGUGUACAAUAAUGAAGGAGAAGGAUCCCUGAGCACAGUGUCCAUUGUCUACUCUGGGGAAGAUGAACCUCAGCUGGCCCCAAGAGGAACUUCUGUCCAGAGUUUUUCUGCUUCUGAAAUGGAAGUUUCCUGGAAUGCUAUUGCUUGGAAUAGAAACACUGGAAGAGUACUGGGCUAUGAGGUCUUAUACUGGACAGACAACUCUAAAGAAUCCAUGAUUGGUAAGACUAGAGUCAGUGGAAACGUCACAACCAAGAACAUUACAGGGCUAAGAGCUAAUACAAUUUACUUUGCCUCUGUGAGAGCCUACAACACUGCAGGGACAGGACCCUCAAGUCCCCCCGUCAACGUCACCACCAAAAAGUCCCCUCCAAGCCAACCACCAGCAAACAUUGCCUGGAAGCUGUCAAAUUCUAAAUUAUGCUUGAACUGGGAGCAUGUAAAAACUAUGGAAAAUGAGUCUGAAGUGCUGGGCUAUAAAAUCCUCUAUAGGCAAAACCGACAGAGUAAAACACAUGUUUUGGAAACAAAUAACACAUCAGCUGAGCUUCUGGUUCCAUUUGAAGAAGACUAUUUGAUCGAAAUAAGAACGGUCAGUGACGGUGGAGAUGGAAGCAGCAGUGAGCAAAUAAGAAUUCCAAAAAUGUCCAGUUUGAGUUCCACAGGAGUUCAGAUCUUAAAGCCCAGUUCCCAGUUCCUGUCAAUGGUUGGAAUUUUUUACUGUUUUGCUAUUCAACCACUUUCACGAUGAAUCAAUCCAUGGAUCUUUGGGAAUUUUCUGAAAGCAAAUCAUUCUGUAAAUACAUUCCCCAGCCUCCGUCACAAGACAUAUUCUUAAUACAGACUUGUUUGAAAAGAAAAAAAAAUGUAUAUUACUAAGAUCUUGUAAAUAUCUGUGGUACAUUAAUAAAACAGUUUUAAACACUUUGAAACACUUUGAAUUUUAAUGUCCACACAUCAUUACACAUUUGAAGGUAACACAUUAAUCUGAUGAUAUAAAACUGCUGUGUAUUUCAGGUGACUUAUGUGAAGAAUAUAAACAACCACUUCAAUAACGAUUAUAGAUAUGAGACAGGUGUAAAUUCAUGUCCAUUUUAUGUGCUCCAGGCAAUAUACUUUGCUAUUUAUAGCCCUUAGCCCCAUUUGAAACAAAAUACAAUCAUUUGUUUAUAGUUGGGAGUCUCCCAGAUAUCAGAUUUUCCAAAUCCUGGUGCUGCAAUUUAUGAAUCCAGUUGGAAGAAAUAUUUGUACUUGAAAAUAUGACAGCAUGCAUGCCGAUUUUCUCUUCUCAGCUUUUAGAAAGUUAGGUAAGAAAAGCAAAGAGUGGGGAGUUUUAGACAAGGGAAAAAAUGAAAAGAAAUGAACACCCAUUGAAAAUAACACAUAUUUCCCUAAAUUCAAGUCUUGUGAAGAAAUACCAGGUGCUUCUUAUAAACUAAUAGUUCUCCGCAUGGUCUUACUUUUACACAAUAAUAAUAAAAAAAAUCUGGAAAAAUAUUUAUUUGAUCCAAUUUUCUACAAUUUGGUUAUUUAAUCAAACCUCUCUGAAAUUUAUAUAUAUAUAUAAAAUGUUGAAUGGGAAAAUAACAAUCUUGUAAGAUUUCGUGGGCUAACUCUGCUCUAGAGUUCAUCAGUUUCAUCAGUAGCCAGCAAUCCAAUAUGCUCCAGAAGCAAAGCCUGCAGAGAAACACAAGGUGGAUGCCCUUGUUCGAACCAUUCCAUUUCAUCCACUAAAGGCUUGCUCCACUGGUUUUUGUUCUGGGGUACUAGAUUUGCUCUUUUCACAUUGCUCAAGGUUUCAAUUAAAGAACUAACUUUUCUCAUAGUCCACAAAUCAUGAAUUCAUCAAAACUGGAAUAUGCAUACAUAUCUAUGUUCUUUCAUUGAAAAUUUCAUAUAUGCAUAUAGUGUUUUGAUCAGAUUGAUCCUAAUUUCCUCCUCUCCAAUUCUUUCCCCUAAAAGGCGCCACCACUUUUUCUUCCUGAAUUCAUGUGUUGCUCUCCUUUUUUCCUUAAUACCAUGGAGGUCAUUUAGCACUGCUCAUUUAUGCACAGGUAACAGAAAAAUUUACUGAGGCAUGGGUAGCCAAUCUGGGACCACAUCCCUGAAGGAAACUUACUGUUACUCCCACAGUCGCAUCCAUUGCCCAUAGUUCUUCAGCUAGCGGCUGGAAUCAAGAGCCUCUCUGCCAUCCAUGGUGGGAAUUUGGCUGGCUUCCAUCUCAUUCAGGUUUUGUACGUGCAGUCAAAGUCAGCUACUGAGUUCUUGUAUGAUGGUUCUGUCAUGGCCAACUAACGCUGUUCUUCUGAAGACACCACUACUUCCUGUUCUCAUGAUCAUUCUAAAACACUUGAGAAUCUUUUCAGCACGUGAGCAAUAACCUUCUAUAGAAAUUGCUCCUUCCUUGAAUAGGAUAACAUCCCUCCAGUAACAAGCCCAGUGCAACAAGAGCUGGCUGUGCUUUCAAUGGAGCACAACUAGUAACAGCAAGUACUGUUUGGCAUACUGUUAAAAGGUGCCUAUCUGAGACACAUCUCUAGCAUCUCGUCUGAGCAUUUAUCUCUAGAGACAAAAUUGAAGGCUUUCUUCCAAAUGGAGGUUGAGAAUUAAAUAUACU